AUGAAUUCAAAUUCUACGUUUCCUGGGUCUAGUUGUAAAGAAGUACUGAAAUCAUUCUGCCGAUGGACCAGUGUACGUGGAUUACAACAUUUAUUACGCUCAGAACACCCAUUACUUCGAACAAUUUGGGCUAUAUUCGUAGCUCUAAUGUGUUUAGCUAAUAUUGGUUUAGUUACUUUGCUCUUGAUACAUUACUAUCAAUUUAAUACAAUUGAAAAUAUACGUACUCUACGCGGAAUUCACGUAGCCUUUCCACAUAUCACUUUGUGCAAUGUUGAUCCAGUCAAUUCAUAUCGUGUACAUUGUCUACAAAAUCCUAAUUCAAAAUAUUGUAAUAUCAACCCGAAAUAUUCAAAUAUUUUAACUAAAUAUCAAGAAGCCAAUCGAUACUUUAAGACAUACAAAGGUUCAACUAUCUGGCAUAAAUUAGAAGAUCCAAGUAUGGUGGCAAUAUUUUAUCAAUUAAUAGGUAUGGAAGCAGCCAUACAAAUUGGUCAUCAAAUUGAUGAUUUUAUUAUACCAAUUUUUUGUGAAGUGACCACAAGGGAAAAAGGUGGAAUAUUGAUGAAACGAAAAUGUGAAGAAGCUGGUAUUCAAGGUUUGCAUUUAAUUACCUAUAAAUACUUCAACUGUUAUACCUUAUCAAUGGAAGAUAUUCACAUAAGUCACAAUGCUGUUCGACUGUCAAUGAUAUUAUAUUUGGAUGAAGAAGAAGAUUUAAAUUGUCGACCCUAUUGUACACAUGAAUUUACAGAAUGGGCUGGGAGUAAAAUUGUUGUUCAUUCACCCAGUUCAUAUCCUGACAUUGAAGCAUCUGCCUUGAAUUUAUUACCAGGAGCCUCGAACCAAAUUCUUAUCGAUGGUAUGCAUCGCAUCGAAAAAAAGAAUAUGGUAUCGAAACCAUGUGAAAAUAAUGAACGAAAUUUUUCCAUUGUCUAUUUUGAUCAUGCCCAACAAGUAUUUAAUCAACGAACUAUGGGUUAUACGGAUACAUUAUGUAUACAGUUGUUAAUACAAAGUGCAACAAUGGAAGAAUGUCACUGUAUUGAUUUUCUGAUGCCUAUACCUGGUACACGAAUGGAUCUAGUUAAUCAGUUACCAUUCUGUGGUAAUUUAUCUCGCUCCACUGUCAAUGAAAGUCUUGAUUGUAGUCAACAGGUGAGACAAAAGAAUUCAAAGUAUUUCCAUCUUCUAUGCCCGAUCCCAUGUGUACAAAUGCAAUAUAAUUAUGAAUUGACUCAAUUAAGAUGGCCACAAAAGCCACGUAUAUUAAAUUAUUAUGCUCAGUUGAAAGAUCGUUUUGAUUAUAACCGAAAAUUUGAUAUUUAUGAAAAGAUUGAAGAAAUCUCUAUGAUUAAUGCAACACAAGCUUUAACAAUGCUUCAAGACACGGAUAUAUUUGAAAAAAAUUUUCUACAUGUUGAUGUUAAUCGUCCAAAUUUUGAUACAUUAAUGUCUUAUAGAGAAAAUGAAGAAUACACUUUACCAACAUUAUUAAGUCAAAUUGGUGGAAUUUGUAGUAUAUUUUUAAGUUUCACUUGUGUUACAGUAUUAGAAUUAAUUGAAUUAUUAUGUAGAUUAAUUAUUAUUGUAUGUCCAAGAUUUUUAACUAUUUCUAAAAAUACAAUACAUUAUAUAAAUAGGAAAACUUUAAAAUUACAUCAUCCUACAACUAUUCAUAGUACUAAUAACAAUAAUAACCCUAUAUUCGUUGAAACAACAAGUAACUUAUCAACAUUUUUACAUAAAAAACAUCAAAAACAUUGUGAUAAUUGUUGUGAUAAUGAAAUGAAUUAUUUAAAAGAAAUCUUACUUACUACUAAAACAAAUUAUAGUAGCAAUAGUAAUAUCAAUAAUAAUAACAUUAAACUUAGAGGACAAUCUUAUGUUGGUUUAACUAAUUAUGAAAUAAAAAAAUAUAUCACUGAUAAUUUUAUACAAAUACAUGAACCCGAUGAUAAUUAUAAUUUAUAUAAAUCUAAAAUACAAUUUUUUAAUUCAAAUUAUAAAAAUACAAAUCAGACAAUCUAUAAUUUAGAUCAUUCAUUACAUAAUCCAUCAAAUAUUUUAAAUCAAAAUAAUCAAUCAAUAAAUUAUAAAAAAAAUUUAUUUAAUGAUUUAAAUAGUUAUAAAUCAAUAACUAAUCGAAAUUCAAUAAUUUUGCCAACAACAGCAACAACAACAAAAAAUAUAAUUAAAUCGAAAUCAUUUCCUGAUUUAUUUUUAUUACAUAAUAAGUUCAAUAAUUAA